AUGUGCAAGUCGACUGCGCACCUUCAGCCCGGUAAGCCAGAGACGGUCCAUCACGCAGGAAUAUACCAGGAAAACAUUGGAAGCAAAGCUAGCAUGGGCGCGUCAAGCCACAGAGAUCAAGGCUGGGAGGAAGGAAAGCAUGUUGACCAUGCUGGAGAAGAGGGGAUAUGUCAACCAGAUAGUAGGCUUGGAGGCGCUACCGCACAGAUUGGAGAUCCCACUGGACGAACGACGACUCGGGAAGUGCAGCAUUCCUCAGUGCGGAAGGUCAACAUGCUGCAGGUUCAUAUGCAGCUAAAGUUAAUAUGGGCUCAUGCUGAACACAGAGCAAGAGGCUAUGGAUAUCAUUGGGAAUGGGCGUGGAGGAAAGAGGUGACCAACAAUAAUGCCUGGCUGAACAAGCUGCCAGCCAUUGAGCUCUUGAAAUUGUUGGGCUCGGGUGUCAGGCUAGGGACUAUGCUAGGAAGGGACACGGUGAAGAAUCGAACGGAGUCGAAAGAAGGCAUGUCUUUUUCGGAAUUUACAUAUCCUUUACUGCAAUCCUGGGAUUGGUGGCAUAUGUAUUCUACGAAGGACAUACAGGUACAAGUUGGAGGAUCAGACCAGUUUGGAAAUAUCGUCGCCGGUAUAGACGCUAUCAACCACAUCAGACACAAUCAUUACGAUCCACUCAUCAGGCAGGAAGAGGAAAAGCUCGAAAAGAGGGAGGCUUUCUUGAAGAGACCAAUGGGUUUCACGGUUCCUCUCUUGACAACUAAAUCUGGUGCGAAAUUUGGCAAGAGUGAGGGCAAUGCGAUAUGGCUAGACAGGGAGAUGACCAGCGGAUUCGAUCUAUAUCAGUUCUUUCUUAGGACCGCAGACUCAGAUGUCCAUCGUUAUCUCAAGCUCUUCACCUUCGAACCUCUCGAAGUCCUAGAGACCCUUAUGGAAGAACACAACAGAGCACCACCCAAACGCAUUGCCCAACACAAAUUGGCCAAAGAAGUGCUCAAGAUUGUCCAUGGCGAAAAGCUAGCCAACGAAGCCGAACAAGAGCAUAGCAAGAUAUUCAACAGGUCCUUUGACUCCAAUCCACAGACUGACGACGAUGGAAAUCAAUCGACGGACCACGUCGACAAGGCUGUACCUUCUAUCAGCAAAGAUAACGCCCCAACUAGUAGCCUCAUACUCCCCAGAUCUCUCAUAUACAAUCAACCUAUCUCUCGCGUUCUCUACCACGCUGGAUUCGUCGCUUCUCGCAGCGAAGGUGUCCGUAUGGUAUCGAAAAAGGGCGCGUACCUAGGCGCGAGGCCUGGUGGAACUGGCACAAUGGGCCAGCAAGUUGACUUCUCCCCAGCUGCAAAUUGGCCAGGGAAGGAGACGGAGAAAUAUAUCAUUGGUGACAAUACGCUCAUAAUCAGAGUCGGAAAGUGGAAGGUCAGGGUUAUCAAGAUCAUCAGUGAUGAGGAAUUCGAAGAGAAGGGUCUUUCCGCACCAGGCUGGAAGGAUGUCAAGCCCGAAGAACCAAUGUCAAAUGACCUCAAGAGGAUGAAGACAUGGCACAAUAAGAGGUAUGUCGAGACAGCGCCCAUACAUAAGGUUCGUUCGGGAGAAGGCUCUCUUUUGGUGCCUGGAAGAGACAGACGCCGGAUUUGA